AUGCCGGCUCUUGGUCGGGACAUUUGUCGCAGGACAGAGCAAGCUCCCCGAGGUCGUAGCGAGAUCGUCGCUGACGCUUCUGCUGGCCGACCCUCAACCGCCAGAAGGAAUAUACAAGCUGUCAGCUGCAUGGUUGGACAAGUGCAAGAAUUCGUCUUGCUCAACUUGGCGCCCUCUCCUAGCGCGAAUGUACAAGCAUCAACCUCGUCCGCCCGGGAACGUGCGGAUGCGGAAAUUCGCAAGGCAGGAAAGAGGGUAGACGGUGGAUGCGGAAGGAAGUACGGACGAACACGGUUCAAGGGCACAAAUUUGCCAGAUAGGCGAGGCGAUCAUGGCCCGCAACAGCUCAUCAUCAUCGCUGGCCGUGGGGCAGGCAGCGAGAACGAGAGCUGGAUUAAUUAA